AUGUAUGGUGAUGUGCUACAGAGGGUUAAGAGGGUUCUUCCAGAGUUCGCUGCACUGAGAAGCCGCGAGCAGUCCAACCACACCAGCACGAUUGUAAACGGAAGGCAUUUCAGUGUAAACGGAAGGCAUUUCAGUGUAAACGGAAGGCAUUUCAGUGUAACCGGAAGGUGGCCCGUAAGAGGAAGUGGAGCGUCGUUGGAGCGCUCGGGUGGUCUAACAGAAGCUGCAGCGUUACUUAGCAACAUUUUAGCAACGUCGGAGACAAUUCGAACAUUGUCUAAUGCAACAACAGGCGGGCAACAGUCUCACGCUGCCUCAGGGACCAACACAGUGGAGAGUCAACUCACUACACUGUUCCCAUCUCGCGGCCGCAUCGGCGCGCCGCAGCCGUCUGUUGGCCCUUUACGGACCUCCGUGCCGCGUUAUCAAGCUCAGCAGAGCUUCAGCACAUGGACAUCGAGCACACGGAGAAGAAGAGUCCGUGCACAUCAGCAUGACGAUUUCAACAAAGAUGUAAUACUACUCCCAAAUCCGUCAUGGGGAAUUGUGUGCCAACAAGACACAAAAGUUUGGCUGCACAAACAUGGACAUAUCCUCAGUGCCUUUGAGUUCCAGAAGGUCUGGGACCACCAGACUGUCAUACAACACAUCAGGGGUGGAUUUGGUGAGUGUAUUCCAGAAGACGACAGAUUCCGUGAAGGACUGAGAACUCUAGGGGUUCUGGAGAAAAUCCAAAAACAUCCAGACAGCUUUCGCCCCCUGUUCUGCUAUGAGCCAAGCACGCUGACUGCUGACCAGCUGGAUGAUCUUGUCGCCAUUCGUCUGUCACCAGAAGGGAGCAACAAGAGAGUUGUAGAGGACGUGGUGAUUCCCUGCCUGCUGAAUUCUUGCCAAAUAAACAUAAUGCAGACAAAAAAGAUGUAGUUCAUUCAAUGAAUCAAGAAUACCUUGUUCUUCCAUGAAGUUAAAAAUGUUGAAGUGUCUGCAAACAACUCUAUUGAGUUCUGCCCAUAGUCUUUCAAUUCUCUGAUUAUGAACUGAAACACCUGUAAUAACACUGUUCAGUCCCCUUCUUUCCAACAUAAAACGUGCAACAAGUAUAUUUUCCAUGCCAUAAUCACAUCUGACCCUUGCAGGCAAACCAAAGUUCUCAACACCCUCUAAAAAUAAUGAUAACACACUUGAGGCCCUGUUAUUAGAUGAGCACCGCAGGUAUAUAAUAGUCCGACUGAA